AUGGCAUCUUCGGUGUCGUUCGGUGAUGCGAACUCGGGUCUUCAAGUGGGCAAUAACUCCGGGUCGAUUACGGCCCAGAUCCAUCUCCCGCCGAAGCCGCAGGAAGCAACGCCAACUCCCCUGUCUACAAUUCCGUUUGCUAGAGAUCCAGAUUUUGUUGAUCGUGGGACGCUGCUCGACGAAGUACACAGUAUAAGCUCCUCUCCUGCCUCACGCCUGGCGGUGGUUGGUAUUGGAGGCGUGGGAAAGUCUCAACUUGCAAUCGAGUACUGCUACCGCUUUCUCGACGAAUCACCAGACAGAUGGGCAUUCUGGAUCCAUGCAAGUAAUGCUGGUCGUUUCCAACAGGGCUGCCAGUCAAUCGCCGACCGGGUCAAGAUCCCCGGCCGUGAUGAUCCCAAUACCAGUUCACUGAAGCUGCUGAGUGACUGGCUAUGCGACAAAAGGAGGGAAAGAUGGGUACUCGUUCUUGACAAUGUUGAUGACGAUACUUUCCUCCAUGAAAUUACACGGAGUGGGGAGCCACUUUCUGCCCAGCUUCCGAUGAGCUCAAAUGGUACUAUCAUUAUCACGACCAGAAGCAAAGAGGUGGCAUUAAGGCUGGUUGAAGAUCGAAAUAUCAUCAAUAUCGAGCCGAUGACCGAGCAAGAUGCGGUGACCCUCUUCGAGAAGAAGCUGGGACCGCAGACCGAAGAGGAAGUUGUCAUUGAGCUUACCACAGCUUUGGAUUUGAUGCCACUUGCGAUUGUGCAGGCCGCAGCGUAUAUCAAGCAAAGAGCACCACGGUGUACUGUACAGCAGUACCUCGAACAGUUCCGCAAGGACGACCGUAGAAGAACAAAACUCCUUGAUCACGAAGGAGGACGACUUCGCCGAGACUGGGAUGCCAAAAACUCGAUUUUGGUUACGUGGCACAUAUCAUUUGAUUAUCUUCAACAGACUAGAAAAUCUGCCGCUGAUCUGCUUUCUCUGAUGAGCUUUUUUGAUCGACAAGGUAUCCCCGAGUGUUGCCUUCGAAAGAGAGCCAAGACAGUAGAGGAACACGUCAAUGAUUCGAAUCAAGAGGUCGCUGACAAUGACUCCUUGGCUUCAAGUACCAUUGACGAGGAGUUCGAAGAAGACAUUCACAAAUUACAAAGCUUCUCCUUCAUUUCCACCACAUCAGACGGAACCACCUUCGAGAUACAUCGGCUUGUGCAACUUGCGACCCGGAACUGGCUCGAAACACACGGUCAAUUCAAUAAGUGGAAACAAAUAUUUAUCUCAAACCUCUCGCGGGAGUUCCCGUCACAAACUUUGGGGUAUGAGAACUUGAGCAAAUCCGAGUCGUUGUUUCCGCACGUCCGACUGAUAAUGACCCAUUACCCGGACUUGAACGAUUGUUUGGAGAGCUAG